GGUAUUUAAGUAAUAUUACAAAAAUCCCAUGAAGACAUCACCCCACCAAUUGAAGUAAAGAAAAUGAAAAUGUAAUAGCCCAACUACUAUUUUUUUUUUUUUUUUUUGAAAGUGGCAUGAAAACUCAAGUAGGCAAAAUACCAAACCCAAAAAUACUUUAAGCCAAAACAGAACACAAGUCAUCAAUACUCCUGAAAUCAACAAAUGUCUUCAACAUAUUCCUCCUAAAUUCAAAUUCUCUGCAGUUCAAUGGCUGUCACAAUCCAUUUUCCACCAUUGUUGCUUCUCUUAUUAUAUUCAUCUUAUUUUAUACACGAAUCUGUCCAGCUGGCCCCUCAAAACAUUCAAGUGUUUUAUCCUGUCCCUCUUCUUCCUCCUCCACUUCCACGUCCACCACCACCAUCACCACCACCACCACCACCGCCACUGCUGCCGCCAACGACUGAUACCACGACACCUACUCCCACUCCCGUCUUCACCAGCCCCCCAUCAAGUUCAUCGAAUAAAACCGUUGCUAAAGCGGUUGCUGCGACAGCUGCAACUACUUUGGUUUUAUCAGGGUUGUUGUUUUUACUACUUGUGAGGUAUAAACGUUACCGAAAAGAAAAGGGAAAAGAAACGGGUGAGACGGAUUUACAAGGUGGAAACGAUAACAGAAAUAACAGAAAUACCAUUGAUCCCGUUUUGAUGAUGAAUGAUCAGUUUACGAGAAUUGAAGGGAUCAAAGGGGUGAUUGUUGAUGAAGAAGGAUUAGAUGUACUUUACUGGAAGAAUCUUGAUGAUGACGACGAUGAUCACGGGAAUAAAAAAACUGUUUUUAAGAAAGAAGUUUUAAGGAUCAAUGAGAAAGAAGAAGAAAAGAGAAUGACAGGAGUUGACUUUAGUGGAAGAAAGUCAAAGAAAGUUGAUGUUCAAAUUCAAGAAAUUCCUUUACUUAGAGGAAAAUCUUCAGGUUCUCAUGUUUGGCCUGUAGAAGAGGAAAUACAAAGUCAACAUGAUAUUCCUCCGGUUGUGAAUCAAGAAAUAUUAAUUAGAAGUCUGACGUCGUCACGGUCUCCGCCACCAACACCACCUUCACCGCCGACGCCGCCGCCACCGCCACCGCCACCACCACCUCCACCGCCUCCGGUAGUGGCAGCGAAGAAGAGUCAUGUCCCACCACCACUGUUAGUGCCAAAAUCAGGUAGUUUGACUUCAUCAUCAUCAAAACCACCACCACCUCAGGUGAAACUCAAGCCACUGCAUUGGGAUAAAGUCAACGCUAAUGUGGGACAUCCUACGGCAUGGGACCAGGUGAACAACGGUUCUUUCAGGUUCGAUGGUGAUCUCAUGGAAGCACUUUUCGGGACCGUAGCCGCAAACAAAAAAUCACCACGAGAUAACAGCUCGCCAUCUCCAAAAUCCAAACUGAAAUCAGGUCCACCAUCUCAACGAUUCAUCCUUGAAACCCGCAAAUCACAAAACAUAGCAAUAAUUCUUCGAUCGUUGGUCGUUUCACGACAAGAAAUCAUUGAUUGCCUUCUUGAAGGAAAAGGAUUAGACAUUGAUACCCUUGAAAAGCUCACGAAAAUCAGCCCGACAAAAGAAGAGGAGGAACUUAUUCUUAAUUACGAUCAAGACAUCACGAGGCUAGCAGACGCUGAAUCUUUUCUUUAUCACAUCCUACGAGCUGUUCCUUCGGCGUUUACUCGAUUCAAUGCUAUGUUCUUUAAGUUAAGUUACACCUCCGAAGUGUCACAAAUCAAGAACACUUUACAAACACUUGAAGCGGCUUGCAGAGAGCUUAAAACACGUGGGCUUUUCGUUAAACUUCUCGAAGCAAUUCUAAAAUCUGGAAACCGAAUGAAUGCAGGGACUUCAAGAGGAAAUGCUCAAGCGUUUAAUCUGAAUUCGCUUUUGAAAUUAUCCGAUGUUAAAAGCAGUGACGGGAAGACAACUCUGCUUCAUUUUGUUGUUGAAGAAGUUGUUCGAUUAGAGGGGAAACGAUGCAUGAUUAAUCGAAAUCACAGCUUAAGAAACAGUACCGCUAGCUUAAAGAGUGAUGCCUCUAGAGGCAAAGAUUACAUAAUGCUCGGAUUACCUAUCGUAGGAGGAGUAAGUUCCGAGUAUUCUAACGUCAAGAAAGCUGCCGGAAUCGACUAUGAGGCCGUUUUGAAAUCGUGUGAGAAGUUAAGCGAUCGUUUGGAUGAAAUCAUGAAAAUUGUGGAAGAAUGCGGCGGAGAUGGUGGACACGGUUUCAUGAGGGAAAUGGAGAAGUUUGUCGAGAGGGCAGAACGGGAAAUUCAAGUGUUGAGGAACGAACAAGAACGGGUCAUCGAGAUUGUGAAGAAAACGAAUGAAUAUUAUCAUGUGGGGGGUUCGAAAGAUAAAGGAAGAAAACUGUUUCAGUUAUUUGUGAUAGUUAAGACUUUUCUUGAAAUGGUUGAUAAGGCUUGUGUUGAAAUUGCUAUAAAACUGCAGAAGAGGAGAAAUGUUAACGGAGAGGAGGCGGCAACAGUGGUGCCGCCAAUGCCCAUGUCGCCAACCCGACCGUCGGUGAAGUUUCCGGUGUUGCCGCCAAAUUUUAUUAGUAGCAGUUCAAGUGAAUCAGAUUCCGAUGAAGAUUUGUAAUUAUGUUAAAUGAUUGAUAAGGCUUUUGUUGAAAUUGCUAUAAUGGCGGUGAAGAGGAGGUAGGAACGGUGGUGCCGCCAAUGCCCAGGUCACCAACCCGGCCAUCAGUGAAGUUUCUGGUAUUGCAACCAAAUUUUAUUAGUAGCGGUUCAAGUGAUUCAGAUGAAGAUUUGUAAUUAUUUUAAACAUUGCUCGUUGCUGUUUAUGUGCGUUUGAAACGAGGAGAUCAAUUGUAUUGAUAUCGAGUUCAUUUUUCAAAGUAUUAUGUUUGUUUACUAUU